AGGAGGACGUAGCGACGCCUGUUGGAGCUCGAACGAGUCGACAGAGCGAGUGACAGGAAAGCAAAAUGGCGGAUGAAGAUGUUACGCUGAAUGGUAAACCUCUACAAUCGCUCCGUGUGGCAGACUUGAAAGCCGCUUUGGAGCAACGAUGCCUCCCUAAAAGCGGGGCGAAAAAUACACUCAUUAAGCGACUGAAAGGGGCUCUAAUGUUGGAGAAUCUUCAGAGGACCUCCACUCCCCAUAUUGGCCUCCAGCCCAACUCCCAGAUUGGGGAGGAGAUGAGCCAAAACAGCUUCAUAAAGCAGUACCUGGCUCAGCAGCAGGAGCUCCUACGCCAGAGGCUAGAGAGAGAGGCCAGGGAGGCAGCCGAGGCUGAUGAAAGCCCAGCGGGCCCCGAGGAGGAGGAGCACACAGAGGAUGGCAACGACAGCGAUUCCUAUAACCCUGACAAGCAUCGCCCCAUGCCCUCCCAGCCCCCACUGACCCGGGCUGAGGAAGAGGGAGGAGGUGGAGGAGGGCCAAUGAUGAUGGGGCACCAGGGCCAAGGGAUAAUGAUGGGGCACCAGGGCCAAGGAAUGAUGAUGGGGAAAGGUCAGGGGAUGAUGGGCCAAGGGAUGAUGUCUCGCAGACCAGACUUUGGCCCAAGCUCUGUGCCUCAGGAGUCUCCUGACGCCCCUGGAGGUCCUGGAUCCUGGAUGCAGCAGCGUCCCUCCCUCCAACAUGGCCUCCACCACGAGGAGCCCACCACCCCCUCCCCGCCCCGAGCUGUGGCCUCACUGUCGGUGCGCGUCCUAGGGGACCCUGAGCGCCAGGGCCUGCCCCCGUCCAUGCCCCCCCGCGCCCAGACCCAGGAGAAGGAAGGCACCGCCCCGGCGGAUGACGACCGACCCGCCCACUCUGUGCUCCACCUCAGCCGCUCUGCCCGGGCAGCAGCUGGCAGUAACCGUGUCCAGGAAGACUGUGACGAUGAUGAUGACAGCAGUGAGGAGGAUGAAGAUGAGUGGGGACCUGCGGCGAAGAGAGGUGGCGGAAGAGGGUUAGCCCCUCCCCCCCAGCCCCAGCAGCCUUCCCCCAGCGUCCCAGCGGCCCGAGAGAGAUCCAGACGCAAGCUCCAGCCUCCGCAACACAUCCCCCCUCAGCAGGUAGUACACCAGCCCCCCAUGCAGCUCCGCCAGCCCACCCCGCCCCCCUCUCCACCACCAGAGCUCUCCUUCCCCCUCCCCGACACCCCCAAACAGAGCCCGCCUGACAUGGAUGAGGAGCCAGAAGGAGCAGGGGCUGGGGUGUCCGUCCGCCUCCCUCCAGGUGGCCUCCAGAGGCAGGACUCUGACUCCAGCUCCCGAUCCAGCAGCCCAGAGCCCCGAGCCAAGCGCCGACCCGGACCCCUCUCCUUGCUGGCCCGCAAGAUGGCGUCCGAGGGAGCUUACGGGAAGAGAGGCGAGGGUGCGCCGGCGGACGGCCAGACAGGUCCUCGAGGGGAGGCUUCCAGACCAGGAGAUGGAGUUGGCAGCAGCCCAGGAGCUGGAGCAGGACCGGGGGCUGAGGUGGUCAUGUUCCCUGGGGCUGCUAUCACCCACACAGGAGGCAGCAGCACAGGGCACACGGGAUUCGUCACUGUACCUGAGGUCCCUGCACCAGUCGUUAUGUUUGAAUCAGGAGCCCAGUCCCAUCCUCUCCCUCUGCUGUCUGUGGCAGCUGUCCCCAGCAUAAACCUCACCACCGAGCCCCAGGGUCCAUCUGGAGAGACGGCACAGAAGAAGACAGAGAAAGAAACAAAGCAGGCGGAGGAAGAGGAGAGGAAGAUGAAGCAGGUGGAGAAGGAGGAGGAGAGUCACCUGCCGCCACGGCAGCGUGGACGUGACUUGACGCUUCCAUCUGCGUCUUCACAGUUUGGGUCUGGGGGGUCAGAGGAGCCUGUGACGGACCAGGGAGACACCCCGAAAAAGUCACCCUUCGGCAGGGACAAACCCCUCUCCUCCACUCCCGGCUCAGCCAUGACGACCACCACCUCCCCGCCUGCCAUCGCCCCCAAGAAGCCCCGCAUGUUCUCCGACACCUCCUCCGGCUCCAUGACCUCCCCUCCCAAACCUGUGCAGCAGGGGUCAGUGGUGGUGACCUCUCCAGGGGAACUCCCUGAACCCCAGGUAGUCCUUGUCUCAGGGGCCCAGCAGCACACAGACGACACCAUGGAGGUCACCGCACUGAACAAGGCGUCUGUGGAGAAGCCUGGAUGGAAAGCUGGAGGAGACGAUGAGAAGAUGAAGGAGCGUGCCAGCCUGGCGGAGAAGGAGCGUGCCAGCCUGGCGGAGAAGGAGCGUGCCAGCCUGGCGGAGAAGGAGCGUGCCAGCCAGGCGGAGAAGGAGCGUGCCAGCCAGGCGGAGAAGGAGCGUGCCAGCCAGGCGGAGAAGGAGCGUGCCAGCCAGGCGGAGAAGGAGCGUGCCAGCCAGGCGGAGAAGGAGCGUGCCAGCCUGGCGGAGAAGGAGCGUGCCAGCCUGGCGGAGAAGGAGCGUGCCAGCCAGGCGGAGAAGGAGCGUGCCAGCCAGGCGGAGAAGGAGCGUGCCAGCCUGGCGGAGAAGGAGCGUGCCAGCCAGGCGGAGAAGGAGCGUGCCAGCCAGGCGGAGAAGGAGCGUGCCAGCCAGGCGGAGAAGGAGCGUGCCAGCCAGGCGGAGAAGGAGCGUGCCAGCCAGGCGGAGAAGGAGCGUGCCAGCCAGGCGGAGAAGGGGACUCCUAAACCUGGGGAGACCAGGAGAAGGGGACCUGAAGAGACUGUUGAGGUUGAGCCCAUGGGACCUGUUCUACCCCCUUCUUACCCAGGUAAGAGAGAAGAUGAGAGGAAGGGGAAGGAAGAUGAGAGGAAGGGGAAGGAAGAUGAGAGGAAGGGGAAGGAAGAUGAGAGGAAGGGGAAGGAAGAUGAGAGGAGGAGGAAGGAAGAUGAGAGGAAGAAGGAAGCAGAGCGAGGCAGGCGUGGGGAGAGGGCGAGGCACAGGAGGUCAUCUCCCUCUAGUGGUGGCGACUCUUCAUCCUCCGACUCGGACUCUGGGUCCUCUUCGUCACGUUCCUCUGGCUCCACCUCCUCCCGGGACAAAAAAAAGAAGACUGGCACAGGAAAAGGAAGAGGGGAUGAAAAGAGAAGACUGUACAAAGGAGGAGAGAAGAAACAAUCUGCCAGGGAGGUAAAGCAGUCUUCCUUGUCAGAGCCAUCUGGCCCUAUGGAGGUGGAGAGGCCAGACCCAGUCCAGACCCAGCCCACCCCUGUCGGGGACCCACAGAACAGUGAGGGCUGCAUGGAGGAGAGCACCACUCCUAAAGCGUUCGCUGCACGCAAGAUCUCCUUGACCACAGGCAGUAAGUCGUCUCCAGAGGGAGGAGGAGGAGCAGCAGCAGGGGGGGAGGCAGAGUCCGGGACCGCCGCUGGGAGGAAGAGGAGAUGGGGAUCCAGCACGGCCGUCAACGCCAAGAAACCAUCCAUCAGCAUCACCACAGACUCACUCAAGUCUCUGAUCCCAGACAUCAAGCCCAGUCAGGAUGCUGUGGUGGAUCUCCACCCUGAUGACAUCCAGUUGUCUGGGGACGAGGACACCACCAGGGAGGACCAGGGUCUGGACAAGGGCCUCAAGAUCAGACGCACUGUCACACAGGUGGUCCCAAGUGAAAACCAGGAGAAUGGCCAGGGAGAAAGAGAUGAGGAGGAGGAAGAGGAGGAGGAGGAGGAGAAAAAACAGGAGCAUGACAGAGAGAGGACACAGAAAGAGAAGAGGAAGGACAGCUACUCAGAAGACACCAUGGAGUCUCAGUCCUCCGCUACACACGACACCGACGCUAAGAAAGUCACUCCCAGUGAUACGCUGGUGCGUCGCUCCAUCAGCCAGCAGAAGUCAGGUGUGUCUGUCACCAUCGACGACCCGGUUCGCACCGCCAAACAGCCCUCUCCGCCCAGAGGCAAAGUCUCCAACAUCGUCCACGUCUGUAACCUGGUGCGACCUUUCACCCUGGGUCAGCUGAAGGAGCUGCUGAACAGGACAGGCUCAGUGGUAGAGGAUGGCUUCUGGAUCGACAAGAUCAAGUCUCACUGCUACGUCACUUACUCCAGCACAGAGGAGGCUGUGGCCACACGAGCUGCUCUCCACGGAGUGAAGUGGCCCCAAAGCAACCCUAAAGUCCUCAGUGUGGACUUCUGUGAGCAGAACGAGCUGGACUUUCACAGAGGCCUACUGACCGUGGAUCCCAGAGAGGAGCACCGCCCCCAGCCUGGUGUGGGUCCUGGAGGUCCCAAAGUCCGACCGGGCGUGCUGCCCCCUCUGAUGGAAGGGCGCGGGGACCGCGGCGUGGUCGGAGGGGUGCGGGACCAGUGGGCGGAGAGAGAGAGGGAGAUGGAACGCCGGGAGAGGACCAGAGCGGAACGUGAGUGGGACCGGGACAAGGUUCGAGACUUCGGAGGCAAACCAGGAGAGGAGAGGGAGAGAGGGAGGAGAUCUCGCUCCCUGGAUAGAGAGAGAAGGCGGAAGGAGAGGGACGGCAAGGAGAAGAAGACCGACAAAAAGGAUGAGCCUCCUGCCAAAUUACUAGACGACCUCUUCAAUAAGACCAAAGCAGCUCCCUGUAUAUACUGGCUCCCCCUCACUGAAGAACAGGCAAACCAGAGGGGAAAAGAACGGGAAGAGCGACAGAAAGAACGAGAGAGGAGGCGGAAAGAACAGCAGGAGGAGGAGGACAAGAAGCGAGAGGAGGAGAGAAAGGAGAGAAUUAAAAGCAGAGAGAAGGAGGGCGGAGCUGCGGUAAGCACUGGAAGUGUGAGUGUCCGGGGAUCUGAGGGAGACCGGGAUAGAGAGAGGGAGCGAGGGAGGGAGAGAGAGGGGGAGAAGAGGAGGGACAGUGGUGGAUUCAGACCCAGAGGUCCUGAUACUAAACCCUCUGCUGGGUUCCGACGCUCCCGUAGCCGUAGCAACCCCCGAGACAAACGCCGUUGAGUGUUCAGUUUGACGGAGUGAGAGAGAUGGGGAGGAGGAAAAAAGGAUGGAUGCAGUCCCUCAUUCAACAUACAAUUGGAACACAGCAGAAAGAGAUUUUUGGUCCCCUUCCUUUACAUUAAAACCACUUCCAUAGUCUUCAGGUUAACAUGCUGUUCCUCUUCUGGCUAUCCUGUCUUUGGGCCAGGGAGACUCCAAUUUAGAAAACCCCAAAUCCUCACUCAGUAAUGCCGUCUGUCUCACAUAUUCAUAAAAAUCUACAUGUAUAGACUUUGGUCACAUGUUGAUAGUUUAGUGAACCAAAAAAUGUCUGCCUCCAAAAUGGCACCCCAUUUCCUAUAUGAAGGCCCCCGUCAAAAGUAGUGUACUAUAUAGGGAAUAGAUAUGGUGACAUUUCGCUCUCCCUCUUCCUCAUCUGUCUCAAGCUUCUCAUACGAAGCAGUCCAGAGGCCUAUUCUGAGCUCUGGAAAUUCUCAUGCGUUUUAACCAGAAAUGGAAAGAAAGGGUGGCGGUUUGCCUCAAGGCUUGGAACAGAGUCUUGUUCCACCAAUCUCUGCGAGCACACAGUAAUAAGACUCUUCCCUGUAAUAAUCCAUUUAAAAAUAGCAGCCCAGCUUACCAACCCCCAAAUGUGUUCUAGAAUCAAUUUUAGUAUUUCAAAAUCCAGUGAAGUUAUUUUUUCUACGACCAGUACCAAGGCCCUUUGUUGGGUCAUGUGAAGGUUAUUUUUUCUGCUUUGACGUUUUAUUAUGAUGAAUCAUGUAAAUCUCAGCCUUGGAUGGUUUUUGUGUGUUCUAGUGUGGUGUGGUGGUGCUCUGCUCUCCCUCUCUCCACACACUAAGGUUAAAGUUGGUAAUGUGUCAUUACACUGAAAGCAGCAUAUGUUUAACAAAAUUAGGAAACUGUCUUUUUGCCUUGUCAGAGGGGUAGGGACAUUUUUGUGUGGGGUGGGGAGGGGGACUGAUUUCAUUUACGCACACUUGGCAUGUAUACUGUUCUUUUUAGGUUGUUUGGGUGGGGGGGGGUCCAAACGCACUGAGAGAAUCCGUGUGGCACGAUGUGAAACUGUCCCAACAUGUGAAACUAUCCCCUUUCUUGCUCUCUUCCUUCUUAUUCACUCAGUGUACCCUCGACUCUCCCAGUUCUUUUUGUAAAUGAAUCAGACAUCGGAUGAGUUUAACUUAGAUUAUUACUGUUUUAAUAUUGUUUUUAAUUUGUUUGAAACUGAUUCUUAUUUGGCUCUUUGUUUUUUUGUUCUCCUGUAAGUGCUGAAUGUACAAAGAAUUCAAAAUAAAUGUAAAAGUUUAAAUGUCA